UUAUUCAUAUAUGUUAAUGAAGAGGGUUCUAAUAUUUAGGACAUAGAAACAUUACUUAAAAUUCAGGUUGACAUUAUUGAUAUCAUAGGUUUGACGUAUCCUAGGAGACUGUAACAGACUUCAUAGUAUUGAAUAUAAUAUAUGAGGGAAAAGUGUUUGGGGUUUUUAUCUGUCAUAUUUGCAUAUUUUAUUACAAUAUAUUACAAAUCAUUGAAGAAUAAUAUUCUUAAGCUAUAAAAUAAAUCCACUUCGAUCAGAACAGUUGGAACAGUGUCUAACAGAAUAGAAUUUAUCUCAUUAAUAACAAGUUAUAUUAUACAUUCUAGGAAGAACAUAUAAUUGAAUAUAAUUGAUUUUUAUAACAAAAUAUAAAGAGAGAGAAAUAACAAUUUUAGCAAAUCAAUUACCAAAGACUUACAAUUUCUUUGAUAUAUUCUUGAUAUCUGUGAUAUAUUUUUAAACGCAAAAAAAUAUGGCACCAACAAUACCCAAAAAGGUACCUUCCAAAGUAGAGAUAAGUAAAGAGCACUUAACCUUAUCUAAGACUUAUAUAUCACGACAAGAUUUGGGAGCUGGUGAUAUAGACUGGAUGCGGGGAAAGGUUCUGCUAAGACCAGAUGAUCAACUGCAGUUAACGGAAGCGGAAUUACAAGAGGAAUUCGCCAGAGUGCUAACUAUACACAACACCAGAGUACCAGACUCCUUAGUUGAAUGGUCAUGGAAAUUACGCGAAUUUGUCAGAUUACCUCCUCCACCACAUUUAGUGACUCUUUUGAAUAUAACCGGUACUAUAUUACACAAAGAUUCUGAAGAAGCUAAGGUGCAAUUAGCAGGAGGAAUGAUUGCCGACGAUCAGGAAGAGGAAGCAGAUGAAAAAUUGAAAUAUGAUAAAAUAGAAGAGGAAAUGGAAUAUGAAGAAGAAGAAGAAGAAGAAAAAGUAGAUGAAAUAGAUAAAACGGUGGAAGCGCUGGCUGAAGUUGAACGUGAACACGAAUUAGAAGCCGAGCCAGAAGAAGAAGAAAUAGAAAAGGCAAAGCCCAAAAAAAUACCUAAUCAAUUCAACUUUUGCGAGAGGGCAGCAUUGACAUAUGAUAAUCCUAUGAGGGAUAUGAGUACACAAACUAUACCUCCGCCUACCGCAACUUUCAAUGCCAAUGUCUUUCAAUGGACUAUUUUUGAUGAAUAUCAGGAAGAUUAUGCUCAACAACAACGUGAAAAAGAAAAGGAAAAGAGAGCACCUUUGGCACCAUUAAAGAAGGAGGAUGUGAAGAAGAAAGCUCAAAUGGAAUCUUCAGCAAUGACAAGUAGAAUGUUACAAGCUGCAAAAACAUUGGAGCGAAUGGUGAACCAGAAUAUUUUUGACGAUAUAUCACAAGAUUAUAGAUAUUGGGACGAUCCGAGCGAUGAAUUCAAGGUCGGCGAAGGCUCCUUGUUACCUCUGUGGAAAUUUUCUUACGAAAAGACUAAAAAACAUGACAUUACGGAUAUGUGCUUCAACAGUAGAUAUUAUGAUCUUUUUGCUGUUGCCUUUGGGACAUUAUCAUUUAACAGUCAAAUAACAAACGGUACGGUGUGUUUAUUCAGCUUGAAAAAUCCAUCGUAUCCAGAGUGGAUUUGUCCGACAGAAUCUCCCGUAAUGUGUCUAGACUUUAAUGCCCAACAUCCUCAUCUUUUAGUUAUCGGUACAAUGGACGGGGCAGUAGCAGUUUAUAAUGUAAUGUUACCACCAUCCUCACCGCAAUAUAAAAGCAACGACGUUGUACAGAAACAUGGAGGGUUAGUAUGGGAGAUUCGUUGGGCACCUGAUACAGAGGAGGGAAAUCUAGCGUUCUUCAGCGUCAGUAUUGACGGCAAAAUAAAUCACUGGGUAUUAAACCAGAACGAUCUCGGUCUUACUACCGUUAUGACGUUAUUCCUGGACCGACCACCUAUAUUAGGACCAGAUGGCACGAUGAUUACAUUGAAAGGAUGCGGAACAUGCAUUGCAUUUCAUCCCGCCGAUCAGAAUGUCUUCCUGGUGGGCACAGAGGAAGGUAGUAUGUACAAAUGCAACACAGCGUACAGUAGUAUCUAUAUGAGGACAUAUCACGAAGCGCACACUAUGCCAGUAUAUCGGAUAGUCUUCAACAAGUUCAAUUCCAGCAUUUUCGCCAGCUGUUCAGGCGACUGGCGAAUCAAGAUCUGGGAAGAUGAAAGACCAGAACCUUUGUUCAUGUUUGAUUUGGGUGUUCCAAUCGGAGAUGUUCAAUGGGCACCGUAUAGCUCCACAGUAUUGGCUUGUGUAUCAAACGAUGGCAAGGUUACGGUGUUUGAUUUGAAUGUUAACAAGUACAGACCAAUUUGCAAUCAACAGAUUGUCAGUAAACGAAAGAACAAAUUGACCCGGUUAGCUUUCAAUAACGCAUUGCCGUUUAUAAUAGUCGGCGAUGAUAAAGGUACUGUAAAUACAUUGAAACUAUCUCCAAAUUUACGGAUAAAAGUGAAACCAACGAAGAAACAAUUGCACUUAUCACAAACAGAAUUAGAAUCUAUGAAAUUAGAAAAGCUGCUCAGCUUUGUGCGAGAACCUCCGGUACUGACACCACCUAAGGAUGUGAGAACAGUUACUUAAAACUGAUCGAAU